AAAAACCCUUGAAUGAGUAGGUGUGUCCAAACUUUUGACUGGUACUGUACAUAAACUGUUGCCAAAUCCAAUGAGUACAGUAUAAACCAACAGUCGUCAUACACAAAUAUGAGAUUACAUUACAUACUGUUUUUGGCAUGUUUCUCACACCUCUUCUUCCCUUAUAUUUUCCUCCGUGUUAGCGACCUUGGGUGGAGGGACCUGUGUGUACUGUUGUAGACAGAUAAGCCUUACCACUGAGCACACCCCAGCAUGCAUAAACAUGAUGGGCUGGCUGACUUUGAAGUGGUUAGGUUAAUCUUGCAUUAGUGUUGGAAGUUUUUCAUAUUGAGCUAAUAUCACACAUACCGUUAGACAAAAUGGACCUAGGGGAGAAAGAAAUUGCAGCGCUAAUUGCCAAAGUUAUUGCCGAAGCGUCCGACUCGGAUAACAACUGUGAGGUUCUGAUAGCUGGCAAGCAGUACCUGUCCAUCCAGGAGUUUGCCUCAGCCAUCCCCAACCACCUUCUGCUUGGGUCCCUGCUGGAACACCUGUGCUUUGUCUACGAGAGCGACCCUACCCGCUCACGUAUGCUGUUCAAAGUCAUUGGUCAGCGUUUAGCAGCGAUGAACCUCCUCUCCCCAUUGGCCAUCAGUGAUGAGUUCAGUUCAGUCAGACUCCAACACAACAGAGCCUUCAUUGAACUACUGGAUGCUGCCAGCACCUCCCUGUUCCCACAGGGUCAAAGAUUAUGUAAUACAGACAGCCAGAGCCGUACACUAAGACCAACAGAGGGUCUGUUCCAGGCACAGACAUCUCGCUACCUCAGCGAGUUUGAAGAGCUCUCUAGACUUGGAAAAGGAUCCUAUGGCAAAGUCUUUAAGGUAACAAACAAGCUGGAUGGCCAGAAGUAUGCUGUGAAGAAAAUUCUCAUCAAGAAUGUUUCACGGGAAGACUGCAUGAAGGUUCUGAGAGAAGUGAAAGUGUUAUCCAGUCUUCAGCACGUCAAUGUAGUGGGCUACCACACUGCCUGGAUGGAGCAUGUUGCACCUGCUUUUAUCAACCCUGCAUCAAUACUCCCAGCACUGGAAACGCCUGCGCUGCCAGAACGCACUGAGGAGAGUGCCGGCAGUAGCAACAGCUCCUCAAUAGUCUUUGAGAGCUCAGAUCACUCGAAGGAGCCAGUGGCCAUUGCAGAAGUACCAGAGAUCCUCCGAGUGAAAGCCCUGGCCCCUAAAGAGGAGAAGAGCACGCAGGCGGUGUGUCCUAAAACCAUGCGCCACACCCGUGUCUCAGAGAACUUUGUCCCCUGUGUGUUCCUGGGACGGCGUGGCCUGACACCCGACGGUUGCCCUGUGGUCAGCUGGGAUGGCUCGGCCCUGUCAGGGGAGGCCUCAGGAACCAGGAACAGGAUGGAGCUGAACAACAACUCCUACAUCGACGUGGGGAGCGAGGAAUGGGACACAAAAUGCCCCACCAAGGAGGUGCAGUUCCACCUCAUGCUGUAUAUUCAGAUGCAGUUGUGUGAACGUUCACUCAAAGACUGGAUCUCAGAGAGAACCACCGAACACAUCUCACAAAAUCCUUACGGGUCUGUGGACACGAAACAAACCCUUAGCAUUCUACAUAAAAUACUUGAAGGAGUGGAAUACAUUCACUCUAGAAGUAUCAUGCACAGAGACCUGAAGCCCAGGAAUAUUUUCCUGCAAGGACUUGACUGCCAUGUGAGGAUUGGAGACUUUGGACUGGCUUGCAGGGAUAUAAUAAUGGAUGACGAGGCAAAGCCAACCUCCACCUCACAGAACACUGGUUCCUCACACACCACUGGAGUGGGGACAUUUGUUUAUGCUGCACCUGAACAACUGGAGGGCUCCCACUAUGAUUCAAAGUCAGACAUGUACAGUAUAGGAGUGGUGGCCCUGGAGCUGUUCCAGCCCUUUGGGACAGAGAUGGAGCGCGUGCGUACACUAGGAGACCUCCGUGAGGGGAAGGUCCCAGACUCCUUCUCCCAGUGCUGGCCUGUCCUGGCCAAGUACAUCACACUGCUGACCAGCAGAGACCCCUCUCUACGACCCAGCGCCACACAGCUGCUGCAGAGCGAGCUGUUCAGCAGCAAAGACAUGGUUAUCCAUGGCUUGCAGAGAAGGGUUGAAGAGCAGGAAGAGGAGAUAGUUCGACUCAGGAGACAGAUCAGUCAGCUACAAACUCAGAGCACGCAACAAGCAUCCCAUCCAACCAACAAGACCUGACGUCAACCACCUCUGCCCAUCUUCAAACCUAAUAUAUUCAAACCCUUUACCUUACCACAUGAAUAAUUUGGUGCAAAUGGUUGAAUGUGUGUGUGGAUCUGACAGUGUGCCAUUAUUUAACGUUUUAAAACGGUACAAUAAAUCUUAUUUAAUAUACUCAU